AUGGAAUCCUUGGAUUCCUUUGAGCCUCGUCCCUUCCCUCCUCCUUCAUUGCUUGACGUACCCAUCGAGUACAUCCUCGACCAGCUUCAUAAUUUGGCUCCGCAUUAUUGGGGGAAACUCGAGACUGCAGAUUGUACACUAGUUGUUCCAGUACCGUAUCCCCAAGGCAAGCACGUCUCAGAACCACUUGCAUCCCCUUUACCUUCCUACGAUCCCUCCGGUCUCGGUCGACGUGCAACUGAGCCUACACUGGCCGCUGUUCCGCUAAUACGGAUGCAGUUGCAUACCGACUACCUCUCUGCUCACUCCAGUUUCCUACGCUCACUCUUCAGUGGAGCGUCUCCCAUGGACCUAAUAAACCCAACGACUUCCCUACAUCCACCAGACCUCCGAACCGAGUCCGGAAAGUUCACAAUACCACCGAACCGCUUGCCCCGACUAAUGCCCUCAUCCACCUCGUCUCAUCCUGUCCUCUACCUCCCCAUACCAGACCCGGCGUCUUUGCACUAUGUUGUACAUUGGAUGUACUUUGGCACCACCGACAUUAUUGAAGACGCCCUCGUUCAUGGAGUCAUACAAUGGGAGGGCAUCGCACGUAAUGUCGAAUAUCUAGGUUUGUCGACGGACAUCAAAGUAUUCUUGGGACGAUGGUUCGAGCGAUGGCUGAACCCUGAUCGGCACGGAAGAGAAGACGUUUAUGCCUCUGACGAGGAGGGCGAAUCGGACACGGCCUACAGUGAUGAUGAUUAUGAUGAUGAUGACGACGACGACGACUUGGAUACGGAUUUGAAUGGAAUGUGCUGGAAAGAUGGCAGAGAUGACGACGAGGAACCCUGUCGUGGGAGAACCCGGGCUACGAGGUGCUUGUCAUGGGCGUCCACGGCAUCGACAUCAGCGGUGUCGUACGAGUCUGUUUGA